ACGGACAGGUCUCCAGUGUGAGACCUGUGCGCUUCGGGCCUCUCCAUUUUCCCUGCACUGCGGAGGCAUGGCCAGCCGUCCCCACCGCAUCCGCUCCGGCUAUGGGGUCAGGAACUUCAGCUCCUGCUCUGCCGUCCUGCCCAAGCCGUCGGCCCACAGCUGCUCCAGUGCCAUGGCCUACCGCGGGGGCAGUCCUGGGGGGCCCGGCUACAGGCGCCUCGGGGGCUUUGGCAGCCGGAGCCUGUGCGCAGUGGGGUCCCCGCGGAUGGCGGUGAGCUGUGGAUGGCCCCUGCGCAGCGGGGGCAGCUUUGGCUACCGCGUAGGGGGCCUUUGUGGGCCCAGCCCGCCCUGCAUCACCAGCGUGUCGGUCAACGAGAGCCUCCUCACGCCCCUCAACCUGGAGCUUGACCCGAAUGCACAGUGCGUCAAGCACCAGGAGAAGGAGCAGAUCAAGUGUCUCAACAACAAGUUUGCUGCCUUCAUUGACAAGGUGCGCUUCCUGGAGCAGCAGAACAAGCUUCUGGAGACCAAGUGGCAGUUCUACCAGAACCGCAAGUGCUGCGAGAGCAACCUGGAGCCCCUGUUCGAGGGCUACAUCGAGACGCUGAGGCGGGAGGCCGAGUGCGUGGAGGCCGACAGCGGGAGGCUGGCCUCGGAGCUCAACCACGUGCAGGAGGUGCUGGAGGGCUACAAGAAGAAGUAUGAAGAAGAAGUGGCCCUCAAGACCACGGCUGAGAAUGAGUUUGUGGUGCUGAAGAAGGACAUAGACUGUGCCUACCUGCGCAAGGCUGACCUGGAGGCAAAUGUGGAAGCGCUAAGGGAGGAGAUGGGCUUCCUACAGGCCCUCUAUGAGGAGGAAAUCUACCUCCUUCAGUCACAAAUCUCUGACACCUCAGUGGUCGUCAAAAUGGACAACAGCCGGGAGCUCAACAUGGACUCAGUGGUGGCCGAGAUCAAGGCUCAGUAUGACGACAUCGCCAGCCGCAGCCGGGCCGAGGCGGAGUCCUGGUACCAAACCAAGUGCGAGGAGAUGAAGGCCACGGUGAGCCAGCAGGGCGAGAACCUCCGCAGAACCAAGGAUGAGCUCAAUGAGCUGAACCGCAUGAUCCAGAGGCUGACGGCAGAGGUGGAGAACGCCAAGCAGCAGCGGUGCAAGCUGGAGGGCGCCGUGGCUGAGGCAGAGCAGCAGGGCGAGGCAGCCCUCGGUGAUGCCAAAUGCAAGCUGGCAGGGCUGGAGGCCGCCCUUCAGAAGGCCAAGCAGGACAUGGCCUGUCUGCUCAAGGAGUACCAGGAGGUGAUGAACUCCAAGCUGGGCCUGGACGUGGAGAUCGCCACUUACAGAAAGCUGCUGGAGGGCGAGGAGAGCCGCUUGUGUGAAGGCGUGGGCUCCGUCAAUAUCUGUGUGAGCCGUUCCCAGGGUGGCGUGAUCUGCGGUGACCUCAGUGCCACUGUCCCUCGUGGCUCAGGGGUUGUGGCUUCCAGCAGUGGUGCCCUCUGCUCCCCCUCUGUAGUGGGGGCCUGCUCCGGUGUGAGAUCCGUGCGGUUUGCGUAGUGGGCAGGGGACUCCGGCGGGUGCCCCCUCUGAUAGGG